UAUUUAAGAGUUAUACGAAAUAAAAAGCCUUAUAGCUAAAUAUAGUAUAAACGAUCAAAAAAGUUAAGCAGUGUCGCUAAAGGUCUCAUCACACAUUAAAUUUACCCACGACUUGGCUUCAACAAAUUUUACGUCAAACAUAGUGUACGUUUGUCUUGAACUCGUUGUGUGGAUUUGUGGACCGUUUCAUACGUGCAGUCAUCAGAGUUUAUUCUGAUGUAUUUUUCAAAUGAUAAUAUUACAGAGAUGGCCGACUCCCAAGUAGGCAAUAUAGUUAAUGAAAUAUUGCGAGUUGAAGUGGUAGAAGCAGCUUUUAGUUGCUUCUUAGUCCAUAAACCAGAACAAGAAAAUGAAAUGUUAGCAAUGUAUCAAAAAAAGCUUUGUAGCCUAAUGACAACAUUGAGUGCAGAGCUGCAAGAGUCAGCAUUGCGGCAGUUUUUAACGCCCACGGCUGUACUUACUAAUAGAUACAAAAUGAAACAAUUGCUUACACUUCUGGAAACACUGGUCAACACAAACAUCAUUCAAGCUCGGAUGUUAUGUGAUUGUAUUUUGACAAAUGAAAAACUCACCUAUCAAAAUGCUGACUUCUGGAUAGAAAGCUUUAAUUUAAUAAGAAGAGUCAUUGGCGGUGUUGACUACAAGGGAGUUCGGGAGAUAAUGAAAGGAUGCAGGGAAAAGGCAAAUACUCUUCCAGUCAGAUUGAAUUCUAGUACAAUGCCCCAAAUGAAAGCAUUGUACAGUGUCAUAGAAUAUAUUUUUGAUCGGAAUGCUUCUUUGUUACCAGCAUAUUUUAUUGUGACGGAAAUCCAGAAAGAUUAUCCCGAUAACAACCAUUGGCCACACUGGCAAUUAGCAAAACUGCUAUCCACAUUUGUAGAGAGUUUCAAACCUUGUGCUCAAAUGGUGUCAAUUAUUGGACAUUCACAAAUGUUGCCAGUUGUUGAAUUUUCUGGUUAUGCAGAUCAUCUUGUUAACCCAUGGCGCUUAGAUCCUACUACUUUGAAGUUUUCCCUGAAAGGCAAUUUGCCAUAUGAGGAGGAAUUGAUGAAACCUCAGAUAUCGCUGUUACGCCACGUUUUACAGCAGCCUUACUCAAGGGAUAUGAUGUGCUCGAUGCUUGGCCUACAGAAGCAACAUAAACAGCGCUGCAUAGCAUUAGAGGACCAACUGGUUGAACUUAUGAUACUACCAAUGGAAAAGAGUGAACAAGAAACUGACGAUGAUGACAUGUCUUCAUCCCAUUGGUGUUGGCUUCAUUUAUCCUCGCAAGUCAUAUACUUGAUUCUCAUCGGGUUUGCUUCAUUUCCAAACAUAGUAAUGGGGCUUCAUAGUAAAUUGAUUGGACAUGACAUGAAGAAAGGUAGAGACCAUCUUAUGUGGGUGUUACUCCAAUUUAUAUCUGGAAGCAUUCAGAGAAACCCAUCAUCAAACUUCUUACCUAUAAUUAAACUUUAUGAAUUGUUGUACCCUGAGAAAGAACCACUGCCGGUACCUGACUGUACCAAGGCUCACUGCACUCACCAAAUGGCUGUGGUAUGUAUUUGGAUGCACUUGUUGAAGAAAGCUGAGACUGAACAGAAGACCAUGACAAUGCCACAGAAUUUGAAAGUACAGUAUGAGUUCCUACAGCACUUAAUGACUUCAAACAGUACUCCAACGUUAAUGGGGUCAGAUUUUCGUAUUGCUCUGCUAUGUAAUGCAUACUCUACAAACCAAGAAUUCUUCGCUCGGCCCAUGGGUGUGAUAAUUGAGACUCUUUUUGGAAGCCAGAAAGCGAUGCCGAACGGAAACCCCGGGACGCCUCUGCCUACAGUUCCUCUAUCUAUGUGUAUUUUGGACAGCCUCACCUUACAUUGUAAAAUGUCCCUCAUACAUUCGAUAGUGACUCAUGUUGCUAAGUUAGCUCAGAACAAGAGUAACAUUCCGGGCAGUAGUAUGAUGGCUCCUGCGUUAGUUGAGACUUACAGCCGUCUACUGGUGUAUACUGAAAUCGAAUCCAUGGGUAUCAAGGGAUUUAUACAUCAGUUACUGCCCAACGUGUUCAAGUCUCACGCUUGGGGUAUAUUGCACAACUUAUUGGAUAUGUUCUCUUACCGUAUACAUCAUGUGCAGCCGCAUUACAGAGUAACAUUAUUGUCGAACAUACAUUCGUUGGCAGCGUACCCACAGGCUAAUCAAACACAGUUGCAGUUAUGCUUUGAAAGUACAGCUCUCCGUUUGAUAACAAGUUUGGGAAGUUCUGGAGUACAAUUACAAAUGUCUAGAGUUGUCUCCGAGCCUAAAUCGCUGGUCUCUUCAGAGAGUGAGGAACUUAACCGCGUGUUAGUACUCACACUGGCGCGUGGCAUCUACAUGACGGGGGCGGGUAGUGACGGCGCCGCAGUUAAAGAGCUGCUUACUACUAUAGUGACGAACACGCCGCAUAUGUGGUCUCAGCAUACGCUUCAAUGCUUCCCACCGAUGCUCGUUGAGUUUUUCUCACAGAACCCAGCACCGAAGGAAAACAAACAAGUGCUAAAGAAGUCGGUUGAGGAGGAGUACCGCAAGUGGACGUCGAUGGCCAACGACAAUGAUAUUAUAUCGCACUUCUCAGUACCGGGCACGCCGCUGUUCCUGUGUCUCUUGUGGAAGAUGAUAUUCGAGACUAAUAGGAUCAACCCCGUCGCUUUCAAGAUCUUAGAGCGUAUCGGUGCCCGCGCCCUGUCGGCUCACUUACGGAAGUUCUGCGAUUACCUCGUGUUCGAGGUGACGAACCCCGCCGGCGGGCCGCACAUCAACAAGUGCGUUGACGCGAUCAACGAUAUCAUCUGGAAGUAUAAUAUCGUCACCAUCGACCGUCUAGUCUUGUGUUUGGUACUACGCCCCAAUCCAGACGGCAAUGAAAGCCAAGUGUGCCUUUAUAUCAUCCAGUUACUAUUACUUAAAGGGUCCGAAUUAAGGAAUAGAGCACAAGAUUUUGUAAAAGAAAACUCUCCUGAGCAUUGGAAACAGAACAAUUGGUACGACAAACAUCUAGCAUUCCAUAGGAAAUAUCCUGAGAAGUUCGCACCUGAAGAAGCGAGCAACACCUACGGCGGUCCCAUACCAGUUUAUUUGAGUAAUGUAUGCCUUCGAUUCAUCCCAGUCUUGGAUAUUGUGGUACAUAGACAUUUAGAAAUACCAUCAGUCAGCAAGAAUCUGGAACAACUUUUGGAACACCUCGGGUAUCUCUAUAAAUUCCAUGAUCGUCCUGUAACAUUCUUAUACAAUACCCUUCACUACUACGAAUCGAAGCUUCGUGACAAACCGUUACUGAAGAGGAAACUGGUAAAUGCCGUGUUGGGUUCUCUCAAGGAGGUGCGGCCGGCGGGCUGGGCUACUACUGAGGCGUUCCAGACUUAUCUCGCCAAGUCCGAGGUCGACGCCACCGGGUGGGCCCCCGACCUUAACUACUAUCUCAGUUUGGUCAAUAGAAUGGUUGACACGAUGACUGGCAGUUCACAUUUCCCCAACACAGACUGGCGCUUCAAUGAGUACCCGAACCCCUCGGCGCACGCCCUCUAUGUAACUUGUGUAGAGUUGAUGUCGCUACCGCUUGCACCCAACUUUGUGGGCAACAAUCUCUUAGACGUAGUUACUAAAGGCUUCGUCGUCAUUCCUCCCACAAAAAUACAGCUUUGGAUCAACGCUAUUGGCCUUAUCAUGGCGGCGCUUCCUGACCCAUACUGGAUGGUAAUCCACGAUCGCAUUAUGGAGCUAAUUACAAAUAACGAAAUGGCAGAAUGGCCGUAUCCACACACUCCUUUCCAAUUGUUUAACCUGUCGACUACAAAUGAUGCUAUGUUGGAGAACAAAUACAGCCUGACCCUGGCCUUAGCCCACGCUAUCUGGUACCACGCCGGUGCAGGUCAGAUAAUGCAAGUCCCGCAAUUUAUCAAAGAAAAACUUUCCGUGGAGAUCCAUACCGAAAUACAAAUGCUGUAUCUGUGCCACCUGGUCGGGCCGUUCUUGCAACGUUUCAACUCCGAUGUGUCGCGGGCUGUGAUGGAUAUAACUAUAACACUCUACGAGCUUCUUGCGCACAUCGACAAAACCCAACAACAUUUACAGUUCAUUGAUCCUAUUUGCGAUUUACUUUAUCAUAUAAAAUACAUGUUCGUCGGUGACACCAUGAAGAAUGAAGUUGAGAGUGUGAUUCGUAAACUGCGACCUGCUUUGCAAAUGCGUUUGCGUUUCAUUACUCACUUGAACGUGGAACAAAUAAAUACCGCCUAGCAGAACGACUACUACAGCUAUACGCCAUCUAGUUCGAGCUCUAGCUCGGAGUAAUGGCGAUGCUGUAGUAUUAAAACACUUCAAGCUCCGGUGCACAGUUGGCGAAGUGCAGAGCAGCGGAUUUUUUUAUGACACUCGAAAGUGUCUCUAGAACUCUCCGUAUAAAGUGCAAAAUCGUUUCUCCAAAAAUAUUAUGAAGAACGUGCUAACACUGCUUGAAACACAAUCGUGACGUUUACAUUGUGUUUCGGAGUUCUUUAAAGAACACCGCUGCGCUGCUCCGUUCUAACUUUGGGUCGGCCCAAAUAUUUAUUGAACUCUUAGUGAUAAAAAAAUAAACUUUUAUCAUAAAUGGUAUUUAAGAUGCGUCUAGCCGGUUGUUAUCAACGGGUCUCGAGUUAAUAGCUUUAGAGUAAUUACAUCACAAGCAAUUACUUCACUACUUAGAGAUAAGUUUCAAUAUGUAAAGUCAGAUAUUUUCUUAUUGUAAUAUUUAACAUAAUUACAAAUUAGUUCUUAACGACAUAAAAUUAACUUUAUAAUCAGUAAGGCUCGAAGCUUACACGCAACAAUUUUAUACUGUUUAAUUAAUUAUAAUGAUAAUUGUUAUCGUUAAAUUCAUAAAUUAUACACUUUAGUAAACUAUUGACUUGACUUACUAUGAGUUUGCACUGACAGACAUUAACAUACUGAUAUGAUUUGAAUUUAGAUUUAAGUAAAUAUUCUAAAUAAAUCUUUCCACAUAUCAGAAAAUGUGUGUAAGUAAGUCAACAUAAUUAGGAAUUUAAGAUACGAACGAAAACAAAGCCUUCAUAAUUAAGUAAAGUCAGUAAUAAUAAUAAUGUUAAAUGUAAACUUUAAGACAGUUCAAUCUCCUGAUAAAUGUAUGUUUGUGCAAACUUAUAGUAUUGUACUACCUAUUUUUAAAUAAGUUAUUGUACGUUUAAUUAAGAUAUUGAUGUAAUUUCAAACAUCGAAUACUCGAUAUAACGAGUGCAAUUAUUCUGAAAUAUACCCAUGUUAUAUAACUUACUUUAAGGAAGUCAUAAAAUAUAUUGAAUAUAUAUUGAAAACAGUUUAGGCUUAAUUUUCGUCUCAAUUCUUUAUUAUCAGUGUUCUUCCCUAAAUCUAUUUCUAGUUAAUUAAUUAGUCUUCUUUUAUAAAAUUUAACAGUAGAAGACGUUAAGAACUCAAUCAUUUUUUACUGUCAUGCCAAAUAUGUUACGAAUUGAUUAAUUUUAAUAGCCUGUAUAUUAAUAUCGCAAUAAUUCAUUUUUAUAUUUCGACUCAGAAGACUGCGCAGUACUCGAUGUUAAUCGCAUCCUAUUAUUUUAGACUAGUCAGCCAUGCCCAUAGAUGUUUCGAUCUUUGUUUUUUACCAACAGGGCCAACAAUUGGACAAACAAUUAGUCAUAUAGUGGGAUUAUAAAAAGAUUUUUACUUGUUGAUAAAUGUAUCUAGGUAAGACGCUAUUACUUAAGAGUGAUUAAAGCAAUAGCCAAGAAAACAAAUUAGGUAAUCUUAUUAAAAUUAUUGUAUUUUUUCUAAUCAUUUUAAGAAGAAUGUAAUGUGUAUAUAGAUAUAAUGAAUUUGAAAGAUUGACUCUAGCCUCUAGCAUAUUGUGCUUUCUACAAUAUAAGUUUGAAUAUAAUAAAUGUGAUAAUCAAAGUUAUAACUAAAUAAACCAAUUUGAAUUAAACAAAAAAUAUUUAUGUGUUUUGUAAAGUAAUGUAACGUUUUUUUGUAUUUACUAGACUCAAUUUUGGUAAGGAACAAGGUCUUAAGCCACCUAUUAUAAAAAUACUAGGUUAAAAUUAAUUAUAAAGAUCAAAUUUAAGAAAAAAAAGGAAUAGUAAUUUAAAAUAAAGGGUGUUUACACUAGAUCAUUUUCCUAUAAGUGGUAUCGUUAUAGAAGAUGCUAGAAUGUAUAGAGAGGCUAGUUAUUCGGUUCCAUGAAAUUCUUUAGUGUACAAUCAUCCUAAUGUUCCCUCCAAACAGCUAAGAAAUAUCUCAUAAGGCAUGGGCGCAGUUGAGAUAUUCGUUAAUAGAUAUUGGUUUAUGUUUCAUUAUGUCUUUGGUCUCUAUUCAAUUACCUACGUUUUAUUUGUAGUUUUUAUUACAGGAAAUGAAUGAAUGAUUUUGUUAUUCAAGCCAAGAUCUAUGCUGCACCCAUGUCAUAAAAUGUGUUGUGAUUCAGUUGUGUAUAUUACUAAAGCCUGUAUGAAUCAAGUAAUGAUCAAAAUUUACAAGUUCUCUUAAAUUAAUGUUUUACAAAAUGCUACUGUAAUGUACUGUUGACUUAAUGUAAGGUUAAAUUUUGGAUGCAAAUAUUUCGUUUUACUGUGAACUGCACUUUAAUUAAUGGAUGUAAUUAAAUAAAGAGAUUUGUAAAAUGUCUACUGUAUGCAUGUCCUAAAUACUUCCAACAAAGAAAUGUAUGUACAUUAUUAAAUUAUUUUGUUUGUUAAUGAAUAUUUUUAAUGUUCAAUCUUAUGUUUUCUAUAGACAACUACGUGUGCACUAUGCUCAGGUACAAUCCUACAAUUUGUCUGCAUGUAACACUCAAAUCAAAUUAAUGUUUUAUUUAAAUGACUAUACAAGUCAAAUAUUAAAAUUAUUUAAAUACGAAAAUAUACCCAAAUUACUAUAAUAAUAUCUAAAUAUUAGUACCUAAUUGUAAGUAUAUUAUUGCGUGAAAUGUUUCGAUGUAUUCUAUGAAAGUACAAAUAUCCGAUUUAUUAUUCCGAGUCAUUAAUUUUGUCAUUGAAUUAAUACUCUGUUUUAGUUGUUAACCAAAUUUUGUUUUAAUUUUAACUAAUUUUGAGGGAUAUUUAUGUUUUAUGGUGUUUAUUAAUACUCGGUAAUCAAAAUACAUUUAUGAAUAAAUCCAAGUCCAUUACAUACUGUUUAAGGUGUUCUUAAAAGUUGGAACCUCGGUAGCUAGGUACAAUCCGUUUUAUAUUUUUCCGUUCUGUAAAUAUAUUGUAAUGAUUCGGAUUUUGGAUAUACCGGUAGAUACGUCAAACAGAUGAGCGUAAUUUUGCAUAAUUUUUAUAUAAGUAUUCUCAUAUUUCUUAUUGAUCAAAUAAAUAUUUUAAAGGUAA